AUGGCCUCUACUCAGCAGCAAUCCCGCCUCCUUUCCACCUCUGCCCGCGUGCACCCCCCUUACCUUCCUCACCUCUACACCGCGGCUACCAAACCAUCCCCCGUAGCAAGGGGCAUCAAGUGGGUCCCACCUCUCGCAGGCGCCCUCGCAGCAGGCUACGUAGCCGUCUCAACCUACCGCACCUCCGCCGCUGCCGCCCAGCAACGACAGGCCGAGGCUGAGCAGGCUGAUCUGGAGAGAAGACGACAGAACGCCGCUUUGGCGGACGCCUACGGGGACAGGAGCAGCUUGGAGGAGCUGGAGAGGGCGAUGAGGGUGUAUGAGGCGCAGCGGGGCAACAACUAA